AUGGCACCUCAAUACCCCUCGAGCCGGGCGACGUCGCUCAGCGUAGACCGCUUCUCCUCAGCCAGCGAUCGUCGUCACUCCUCCUCAUCUUCCACACGCCAGCAGCGUCCGCAGAUCAACGAUCGACCCAUCACGCUAUGGACCCACGACCCACCCAAUUUUUCACGCAACGAGGUCGUGCUCAAUCCAGAGUAUUCGCUGCCCCGAGUUGCCGAAUCCGACCUUUUACAGCUCACCUUGCCAGCAGGCUCCCGACUGCCACACAACAAUAUACCCUUUGGUCCGAAGGAUCGAAGUCGCCAAUUCUCCACCAAGGCGACUUUUGUCUUUCGCGCUGCACAGGCCACUGCCGAUGCCGACUUUGUCGCACGUCAGCCCCAGUUGCAGGUCAGCGUUUCCAAGAACAUUGCCAACAACUAUGGAUUCUACAAUCGUGCCGAAGCUGUGCUCUCCAGGGUGUCCAAGGAUGACUUUACCAUCGACCAUGUCGAGCUCUACUUUCGAGAUCAGUAUGUCGGUCGAGCCGAGAUGUGGAGGGUGUUUCAGAAUCUGGAGGAUACCUGCGUGUACUGCGGUCAGAAGGUCACUCUGGCAGGCAGCGUCAGAGCUACUAUCGGUCGCAUCUUUAUCAAGGAGAAAAAGGUCACCAGCGGCUACGUCUCUGCGUCCACCAAAGCCAUCUUCCGCUCCGAGUCGGCAAAGUACAACCUAUUUAUCCAGCUGGCCAGGGAGAUGUGGGAAUUUGACGAGGAUGGUGAGAUUUACUACGAGAAGGCGCUUCAAGGUUUCAUACCGGAACUCUUGAGGCGAUGGAGAUCGAUUCCGACUAAUCACAUCCUGACCGUGAUACUGUUCGCUCGCGUGCACUACGACGAAUCGGAAAUCCAUAUGCUCGAAGGACCUAUUCGGCAGGAUGCGAGGGGGCGGUACUACAUCGACUACUACAAGGUUGUCGUCGACCUAGAAUCCAAUUGUAACUGGGACGCGGUCAUGACGACGCUCAAGGAAGAGUUCUUCCGCUUCCAGCACGACAUUCUCUUGAUACGAAGGCCGAUCUCUGGUCCAGCUGCCUCGCACGAGGAGCUGCACGCCGACUUGAUCCGCGAUCGUGUCCACAUGGCGGGCCGCAUCUCGUACUCGUACGAAGGCAACUUGCUCGAAGCCAUUAACUUGGCCCUCAACCCUUUCGAUGAGCACUACAUCGAUCGCGAUCUCAACCGCACAGGUUUAUCCAUGGUGUUUGUUACCGCGGGAACGGGUCACUUCGAUGCCGACAAGAAGCUGCUACGCAUCACCACCGAGCGUAUGAUCGAGAACGGCACCGGCCUGGAUCUUGUCUGCCUAACCAAGAUGCCGCUUCACUCGGUGCCCUUGUUUCACUUCAAGUCACACUACCCGGAUCCGAGCGAGCUCAAGCAGAGCAAAGCUGCCAGUCAAAAUCGACCGCAGCGUCGCACAGGACCUGGUGUCGGACCAGGCGUGACGGUGCACAGGCCGGGCCAAGCCGGACUGCUGUCCCGUCAUUCCUCCUCUCGCUUAGCUGCGACAGCAAUGGCGGUUGCCAAUCCUCCCGAUCCGCUCUACUUCGAUUCCAGGAAGCCGGUCGAAGAGGAGGAAGAUUUCUAUUCCAUGCCGCACUGGAUCGAUUGCAGCUUCUACAAUCUGCAACAGGACAAGCCAUUCCGGGCUGACCGUUUCGUGCCGCGUUGCAAGAUGUACGAUGUCCAGAUGAUGGGGUUCAUGGAAAAUCAGAUCUCGGAUAUCGCCAUCCCGUACCUAGACCUCAAGACGGUCAACAAGGCUUCGUCGGUGCAAUCUUCCUUCUAUCUCCCUCGACAUGUCGGACCGUCGAGCUCGGGCUUUCAUUCCGAGCCCCGCAACAGCGAGCUGUCGGAUCUUGCUCUCGUCGGCCUCUCUCCCAAACAGCAGAGACGCAUCGCGCGAGAACGGUUCGAUGGAGAUGUGUUUCGCGACGUGCCGCCGUAUCUCAAACCGAAACCUCGUGGAUUGCCGAUGUCCGGUGCACAUGCCAAUGCCAACGCAACCACGGGCAGCCCAGCGACGAGCGAUGUGCACAAGCCUUUCGAUCGGCCAGGUCUGCGUCGGAAUCCGAGCUCAGGUUAUGGAGGUUUGCCGAGCACCAACGCGAAUUCGGCUGCGUCCUCGAUCUCGCCGGGCAAAGCUGGGGCAGCUCGACCGCCGAUUCUGCAGACGCGAUUGUCAAGAUUAGGUCGAGAAGCGUCAUUCCGCGAAAACGAGGCUGACCGAAGUGAUUCAGCGCCUGCAUCGCCGACUGCAUCGCCGAACAAAUCACGGUUCACGGUGCUCGAUGAAACGCCCUCGAGGCCUCCCCUAGCGAGACCGAUAUCGCAGAUUGUGACAUCUACGACCAAGCCCAAGUCACGAGCUGGAUCGAUCAGAUCGAUCAACACGUUUUCACGAGGCUUCUUGCCCAUGGAGCCGAUCGGCAAGGCCAUGGCCAUCGUCGCCUCGACGGACGCCGUGCUAUCUGCGACAUCGCACGCCUUUGAUAAGGAGGAAGACUCCGGUGCCGGUGCAAAGCAGCCAAGCGAAAUGGAUGACAGUGUCGGCGCGUUGAGGUCGCCAGCGCAGUCGAAAGCAAAGGGCUACAGCUGGCUGUGGAAGACGUUGACCGGCUCGACGCCAUCACGCUCCGCCAGCUCGGAGCGCUCGGGCGAAGUUGACGAUGAAGCAGCCCCAGACUUCUCGACGCCCGCCACACGCAGUAUGCAAGAAGUGCUGAGUGCACAGCUGCGUCAACAGGCAGGUGGGCCGAGCAAGAGUUCCAGCCCGGCUCGACGACCGCCGAUGCCCGGCCGCAUGUCGCGCACCUCUUCGCUUCUGUCGGUGCACGAGGCGUCCAGUCCUGCGCCCAUCAAGAUCCCUGCUCAGCAGACUCCACGCUCUCGACAUGAGCUCGAGACGGAAGAAAAGAUCCUCCGCGAUCAGGAGGCGUACGAGCAGCAGUUGGAGGAAGAAGAAGCUCGGCAGCAAUACGCGCAACGCGCGCAGGUGGAAAAGCAGACAUUGGUCAAUCCGUCGAAUCCGAGCAAGAAUCUCAAAGGUGCUUCGUCGCAGCUGCUUCGAUGGCAGCAUCUGUUCCCGAGGCGCUUGAACCACCACGCUGUCAAGUGGCGAUCGAUGACGACGCCGGCAUGUCUGCCUCUGACUACAUUGUAUCUGCCCACGGAGAGCGACUUGGCGGCGAUGUGGAGCGAGCACCCUCAUACGACGUCUAUCUCGGCAGAGACGGCUUCGUUUUUGCUGAAGAAGUCGAGUUCUACACAUCCGGCGCUGGCGGUGCUUCGCGAGAUGACCUUUCACCGACUGGCGCAGGGCUACCAGUUCAUCGUUCCUGCUAGCAAGCAAACGCGAGCCGUGUCGAGUCGCAAGCUCGUCGACCCCAAGCACUUUACAUUACGAUGGCCGUCCGAACUGCUUCAGCCUGGAAACUUGGCGACGGGCAAUCCAAUCUUCCUCAGCGUGACCAACCAGAUCCACCGCAUCUCUUACGACCGAUCGACCCAUGCUAUCAACGUCAAACGAUACGUCCGCAACACAGACUACUCGACCGACCCGAUCGACUACGAGUGCUGCAUCUGGCCUCGACACCUGCCCGGGUACCAAACCGUCAAGGCGCGGUUCAACUACCCGGACUCAGCGAGCUAUAACUGGACAUACCUGGACUCGUUGAUCGCCGGAUACGUGGAUGAAAAGUUUGUCGAGUCGUUGAGGUACUGGCGCACGAGGUUUGUGUUGGUACCGAGCGAAGGGUCGCCCCCGCCGAUGACGGCGCCGACGGGCGAAGAGCUGGAUGACGAAGAGAUCCGGUUGAUCGGCACAGACAAGCUGGCGGAGCUCUUCCACCGCGCAAAGUUCGUAAGGAGCAGAGAGGAGCGCGAUCAGUCGCACGUACAGAGGUUCUUGCCGACCUCGCUCGAUCCCGCCAUGUCGCUGCAAGACGAGGACUUUAUGAAGCAGCUCGCGGAGGAGAACGCGAAGCAGCGUGCACAAUCUGCGUCGGCAAAGAAGCGCAUGCACAAGGCGCUCACCGGUCGCGCUAUCGACGCGGUUGCUCGCGACAUGCGAUCCGGAGGUCUGGUGAUCAACGAUAGGAUCUGGCACAGGAUGUUGUAUUCGGACACCUUCACGGGUGCCGAUAUGGUCUCGUGGAUGUGCAGCGAGUAUGCGGAUGUGCGCUCGAGAGAAGAAGCUGUGGAAUGGGGGAUCAGGUUGAUGGAGGAUGGGUUGUUCGAACAUGUGCACAAGGUGCACGGAUUCCUGGAUGGACACUACUUUUACAGGCUCAAGAGCGAGUAUGCUGGUACGAGGGGUCCGAAGGGUUGGUUCAGGGGCACGGAUAGUCAGCGCGGGUCGUUCGCAGAGAAGGAUUCGGUGAGACCGCUGGUUCAUUCUUCCACCCAGCAUUCUGGGUUGAACCCGAGCGAUUCCAGGCGCGUCUCUGGUGGCGAGGUUGGAGCUGAGAAGAACGUGGCCUCUGCUGCACCGACGAGUUCGCGAUCGUCUGCUGGUGGACAUUCUCGUAGCUCUUCGUUGCAUCAUCCCCAUCCUCCCUCUCUGACGAUGUCUUCUGGCACGAAGAAGAAGAAAAAGGUGCAACUGUCGCGAAGCAUCGUCAUCGACGUCGAUCCCGGUCGACGAUCCGACCGCGCCGAAGUGGCCUUCCUCCACCACGAUAUCGCCCACAACCCUGCCAACGGCUUCAACUUCCAGAUCCACUGGCUCUCCACCUCGGCGCGUUUCAUCGAGGACGCCGUCCAAUCCUGGACGCGAACCCUCGAGCGCUACGGCCUACGUCUCAUCGAAGCGCCCAUCGGUCAGAUCAAAGACGUCUCGCUGCACAACCCGUUCCAAGCACCCGUGCAGAUCGAGGUUUCGCUCCCGCCGCCCGGUCCUGAAACCUAUCGAUCCCGCCUGCCGCGUGGAACGCUACCGGAGCUGUGGUUCGAAUACGCGCUUCUCCGCAAGUUCGGAUUCGUGCUCGAUCAAGAAGCCAGCACACGCUAUCCCAAGGACGUCGAGAUCACCUACAGCAGUCGACCCAACACCUUUGAGUACAGUCAAUUCGUCCACCGAUCCGGCGUCGCUUUCGUCCAAGUGCUCGGCGGUCUCGACGGUUUUCUCUGGCUCAACAACCGUCUGUUCAACAGUCACUCGCACAACCCGAGACAGCAGAAUGCGAGACAGCAGCAGGCGGUGGAGGGAGCCUCGGCUGCUGCGGCGGCUGACGCGGACAAGCUCAGGUUGGAGUUGACGACCUUCUGUGCGGAUAGAGAUGAGUUGGAGAGGUUUUAUAGGAAGGUGCUGGCGCAACUGUAUCAGGUGGAGAGGGAGGAGGGGGAGAGAGAGGAGCUGGCAAAGGAGUACGUGCGGGGCAUGUGGCAGCAGGGUGAGGAGCAGCAGGGGAGGGGGAAGAGUCGACAGGGGAGCAACCAGAGUUCGGCAGGUGAGAGGAUGGGGAUGCAAGGGUUGGCUCAGUUGGGGUCUGACAGGUGA